AUGACGGGUGAGUUUAAAAGACAGAAAAGGAAAUACUCUAAGAAUGGAUGUGUCGAAUGCAAAAGACGGAAGGUGAAAUGUGAUGAGUCGAAGCCAAUGUGUUGGCAAUGUGCACAUUUAUCGAAGGAAUGUGUUUACAAAACCAAAGAAUUCCAGUUUCUGGUUUCUGGGGUGGAAGGGGGACUUAAACGUCACACUGAUGAUAAGAGAUCGGAUGGACCCUUCAAGAAAAAACGGCCCAAGAAUAAUAUUAAAAUUGACGACGAUAACGAUUUGAAUGCGCUGUUGAACGAUGCGCUUGUUUUUGCCAAUGAUUUGUUUUCAAGGAUGGGGGACAAUGGAAUCAGUAGUGACAGUGUUGUUGUCCCAGUUUUCGACAAAUGGGAGGAAAUUGAGCUAGCACUAAGCAAUGUGGAGAGGUCGGAGCUUGAAUAUUUGAAAGUGUUUUAUGAGAAAGUUUCCUACUGGUUGAUGCCUCUGGCAUAUUCGCCGGACUCUAAUAUUUGCAAUCACAUCUUAUUUCACCAUCUUAUAAGAGCGAAUCAAAAGAAUGAAGGAAACAGAGAGAGGUCAUUCUUACAAAGCUCGAUGGUAUCGAUAAGCGCGAAAUAUAUGUAUAAUGUGCAUGGAAAUGAAAAGGACAACACUGUGAGACGGCUCUUCUUGAAGAAGGCUUUGCAACAAUUAUAUCAAGAAUUCGAAUCGUUGUCACAGGAAUCAAUGGGACUUGCUCAAAUUGACUCAUUGAAUCUCUGCGUUCUAAUGCUCACUUUAGAUAGCUCUACAUUUGGGACACAAGAAUGGAAAUAUCAUCUAAGAGGUGCUAAGAACUUGCUACUUAAGUAUCAUUAUAACCAUAACGAUAUGGAAAACAAAACUGACACACUUACUGACACUAAAAAUAUGGACCAUAUGGACACGAGGCUAUUACACGAACGCACAGUUGCGUUGGCCAGAAACUGGUUCUCUGCUAUCGCGAUAGUUGCGUAUAUUGCUAAGGAUUCCCAUUUCUUCAACGAAUCUGAAAUGGAAGAGAUGUUGAGUAUGGGCUCUACGGAAGACUCGUCAACAAGUGUCCUUCUAAAAGACAUGGGAUUCAUAACUGAAGACUGUCAAUAUAACAUAUUUCUAGGGUACUCAAAAGAAGGGCUGGAACUUCUGAAAGUAGUCAUGAGAAGCAUGGACUCGGAUAUCAGUAAACGAGGAUAUGGCUAUGAUGAAGACAAUGACAAUUUUCUUCGGGUAUGUAGCCUUCUACAAAAGUCGAGAGAGUUCACUUUCCACUCUAACGUGUAUGGCAGAGUGAGUGAUGAAGCAGUGGAAUCAUUAGUAUACACAAAUAACUCCAAGGAUGCGGCAUCCAUAGUCUUUUACAAAAAGAACGCGUAUUCCCUUUAUGAUACUAUCCAGCAGGUUCAUCUGGAAGUACUAUUUGUUAAAUUUCUUACCAAGAGUGUAAAGCUGGACGAAAGCUGUACAUUGGUCCAAAACUCCUGCAAAAGAGCUUGGAAGAUGGUCGAAUGGAUGUUUUCUGACUGCGAUUUAACAGUUACAGAGAUCAACGCCUUCAUCGAAAAGAUUGAAUUGGGCGAGAUACAAAACUAUUCUACCUUAAAACAAAAAUUGACCUUUGAUCUAGUUUCCAGAUGUAUCAUAUCACCACUGCAACAAGAUUUCCGGUUGAUGAUGUUCCAAACGGGUAUGGUCUUGUGUGCAGGGAAACUGACAUCUUUUGAUCCACAUUCGCUGAGACUGGUCAGAUGCAAGAUCCUUGCCUAUUUUCUAGCAAUGGCCGACAAUCUUGGAACUGAGUCGGCAAGAACUUCAAUGGAAUACCUCAUUCGGAAAUGGUAUCCAAAUGCUAAUAGAGGCGUAAUUGCUAGUAGCUUACAAUCAACGCCUGAUAACGACGCUUUGCCAUUCUCUUAG